GUAGUUAAUUGAAUUUCGCUCCUAAAAUGAAUAUGUUCCAAUCAAUUCUGGAGACGGUACCUAAGACGCGGUCGCAGAUGGUCAACGAGCUAGAUAUACCGGAUGUGGCAGUUCAGCCGUACAUUUGGAGCGAACCCGACGACUCUAUUGACACUGACAGUAUCCCGUCUAUCACCAUUGAUGAAUUUGAUGUGAGGACUGUCAGCUCGGAGUCAAGCCUGGCGCUAUCGAGAGCAAUGACCGACUCGGAAAUUGAUUACGAGCGGUAUAAAUUGCUCAAGAAUAGGAGGUUCAGCGAUCCUUGGAUCCAGAUGAAGAUUGCAAUCGAUGCUUUCCCACCGGGCUAUAUCGACUCGUUGAACAGUUUCAAAGGAAGCUCCUCGGAAAGCACGGAGGAGUCGAGCAGGGAACGACAUCGGUACAACGAGGAAUUGAAGCUGAAGAUGGAAAGGUUCUUCGAGGAGGAGUGCCGAGUGUUUUCACCCGAUGACCCUGGCCUGAUUGCGUUAGAAGAAGCUUUGCAGGACACUCAGAUAAAGAGCAGUGACUUGGAUAGCAACGUUUCGUGAAGAAUUGGAGCAGGCUAAUUUUG